UUGCAAAAACGAUUACAGAGUAGUUGCGAUGAAUUAAGUGAGAAAAAUAAUGAGUAUAUCAGUGCCCAGAAUCACGCACCAGAAGUAGCGUCCAGGGAGGAGGAAGUGUAUCAGCAGUAUACCCAAAAAGACGAAGGGCUCUUACAGGUUAUGGUUAAAACCACGGAUGCGAUAGAUAAAAUUUGGUGCUUGAUUGAGAAGGCGCAAAGAAAAGAAAAGUUACCCAAAAGUACGCUGCCCACCUUCAAUGGGGAUUCCUUGAGCUGGGAAGCGUUUUGGGAAAGUUUUUCAGCGUCCGUAGACUGUAAAGAUUUGCCUCCCACUCAAAGAUUCUCAUAUUCAAAAGGAUGCUUAAGGAAUGGAGCACUAAGCGUUAUAGAAGAGCUACCUUUAUCCAACGCUAAUCAUAAAGUAGCUAAGAAACUAUUGAGAGCGCGUUUUGGCGAUCGAGACGUUAUGAGACAGUUAAUAUAUAAUCAAUUUGGAAUAUCACCUAGAUGCAGUGGUAAUACAGCUCAACUACGAGAUUUCGCGACAGAAGCAAAAAAGUAUUAAGA